AAGCCGCGGCACGCCGCGCCGCGACGAACUCACUCGCGCACCGCAUCGCACGCCACACACAACACAUCAACUAAUAACGUGCAAGCUUCGAUUUGCAGUUACCGCGAGGGGCCACGCGGUCGCCAUAGGAAAAGCAACAGCCACUUUUAUCGGUUUCGCGGUAGUCGUGUCGUUGCGCGCGCGAGGGGGGAAAGUGUGCCGUUCGGGGAAACUGGAGAAAAACCGGAAUUCCCGAGGGGGAAGGGAUUGUUACUCGCGCGAGCGUGGACAGAACUGACUCCAAAACAAACUCGCGAGUUUUCCCGCCCGGUGUCUCGUGGUCAAUCACGGCAGAGACAGAGACAGAGACAGAGACAGAGACAGAGAGAGUGAGAGAAUGAAAGAAGCAGCAACGUUCUCGACGUUUUCGCGCGGUUCGAUUUGAACGUGGGUCCGCGGUGGAAAAAAAAUUCCUGUUAUGCCAUCCACAGGCUUGCUCGCACGUGACGUCGUUGGUAGGACUAUUGCGGAACGAGAUUUUCGUUGAUGAGAUCGUGCAGCUUGUACGUCGAGUUUACGAUCGUAGAGGAAAGAGAAAGGAAAAGAAACAGGGGGGAAGAAAUUGAAGAAGAGAGUGUAACGAAUCGCGGCGGACCGUCGUGACGAGAAAUGACCGUGCAAGAGUUCAAGCCUCGUGGCGGUGCUGCCGAGGAACAACAGCCGUCCGGUGACAUUCUUUCACCGUCUAGCGAGCCGUUGGACAACGACAAGGAGCAAUCGGCCCAGGUCUGUUAUCGUGGUGCGCCCCAGGAUAGCGAGAAUCUAUUGGGACGUGUUUUAGCCGGUGAGUAACUGAG